AUGGCCUUCCCAAGCAUUCUCAACAACAUUAAUUGGAAGUCUGGAGUUGAGUCGCUAGGCAGCUUUGAAUGGUCAAAGACCACAAUACCGACGAAGAGAGAAACUGCGCCCAACGGAUCCACUAUACUGUGGGUUAUUCAAGAUACCUAUGAGGGCAGUACUUUUUUCGAUACAUUUGACUUCUACACUGGUCCAGAUCCUACAAAUUUUGUUGACCAACAGACGGCAUUCAACGACGGCUUAGCAUAUGUAACCUCCUCCAACCAGGUCAUCAUGCGGGGCGACAAUACAACUCAGCUAGCAUAUGGGGUCAACAGAAGCAGUGUCCGCAUAGCAAGUCAGGCUCAGUACAAUAUGGGUCUCUUCAUACUGGAUCUGGACAUGGCUCCAUGGGGUUGUGGUGUUUGGCCUGCAUUUUGGCAAUCUGACGAUAUAGCCAGGACGGUUGGGGAUGGGCCAUGGCCAUAUACUGGUGAAAUAGACAUCAUCGAGGGUGUGCACGACAACGAACACAACCAAGUCACCUGGCACACUGCUCCUGGUUGCAACUUAACCCAGAAUACCAACUUCACUGGGACGAUUGUGCAAACAAAUGGCACGGAUAACCUUCAAUGCAAUGCGUUCAUCAACUACAACGCAGGGUGCGGUGUAACAGAAUGGAGCCACGCAUCAUAUGGCCCAUUAUUUGACGAGGCUAAUGGCGGUGUCUUUGCUAUGAAAUGGGAUGAAAACGGCAUCGCAGUUUGGUCAUUUUACCGUGCAGCUAUUCCUCUGGAUAUUUCACAGGGAGAACCAAACCCAUCCAACUGGGGUGAACCUGUCGCUGAAUUGUCCACCCAGUCGUGUGAUAUCACUAACUACUUCGUAAAUCACUCGAUCAUAUUUGACAUCACGUUUUGUGGUGACUGGGCCGGCAACUCAUACGCUACAACAGAUUGUCCUGGCACCUGCGAGAGCAUACUGAUGGAUCCGGCUAAUUUUGUUAAUGCCUCUUGGAUCAUCAACUCGCUCAGUGUCUACAAACAGGCUUGGAUAGAAAACGGCGGCACGUCGAGCACAAUCCGAACACAUCCAAUCAUGAACUUGAUGACUGGUUGGAUUAUCUCUACAGUAGUAUUCUUACACAUCGUGCAUGUCUUGCUUUAA